GGAGGGGACAUCUGACGAGGAUCAUCAUGUGACUCCUCUCUGCUCUUUGUUCAGUGAACGGCCUGCCAGUGCUCCAAACCUGCUGCUACUAGUUAUAUGAGACAUGACGAUAUUUAUCAGAAAUUUUUUAUCAGAAGAAGAAUUUGAUGAUAAUUUUAAUACUAUAGAUCUGGUUAAAAAAACAUUAGUCUGCUUUAGCCUGGAGGACAAGAAACCACUAUGGAAGCUAUGGGGUUAUGCAUACAAUGACCCAAAAGUGGAGCAUGCUGAAACAAUUGUUUUACGAGAGCUCAAAAAAUAUUUGGGAUUGAAUCCUACAAAAAAAGACUCUCAAUAUAAAAUCACAUUUUACGCAUCUUACAGUCCCUGCCUUACCUGUUGUGAAGAAAUAUGCAAAUUUCUCAAUAAUAACAAUGAAAAAGUAAUCAUGAAACUGAAUAUUUCCAGAUUCUAUAAUUUUCAUGAUUAUGACAAUAAAAUCUGUUUAAAAAUUCUGGGAAAAUAUGGAGUGCAAAUUAAAAUGAUGGAUAUGGAAGAUUAUAAGGCAUGCUUUUAUCUUUUUGUGGAUCCAAAAGUGAAAUUCCAACCCUGCGAAGAAUUAGAUGUUCAGUGUGAAAGAAAUGAAAUUGAUCUGGAUCAUCUCUGGAGUGAGGAAUUUCAGGUAUUUGAAGACAAUUUAUUAAGAAGAAAGGGACAGAACUCAGCAAUAUCAUUUAUUUCUGAGCAUUUGUCACCCGGUCACAACAGACUGCAAAAAGAUCUUACAACACCGAAAAAGGAUGAACAAGAGACGACAUCACAAGCAAAGACCCCAGUGAAGUUACCCCAGAUAAAAGAUAUGGAUCGCAAAGAGAGAUUUAAGAGAAAACUCUCAUUUGACUAACCAGAUUUUAUUUCCAAAGAUAUUGUACGGUCUAUAAAAUACAGUGAUCCUUCAAGAUACAAUAUUAAUUGGUUCCAGGACGACCAUUGUAUGUUGAAACAAUUGUAACUUGAGUCCAUAACACUAUGGAAAACUAUUAAUUGGUUCCAAAGACCCAAAUGCCAUCCCAGAAUAAGAGAAGAUUUAAGAAACAUAAGCAGAUAACAGACAGAUAAACCGAGUCCGAGUCAGGAAUAGGUGCUGGGAGCUGUAAAUUACCAUACUUUUUAUGAUGAGGAAAGGAGCUUCGUCAGGGUCCUGUAUAGCACACAGUGUACCAUGAAAAUAACAUGGAGCCACCCUUACCUGACAUCCAAAGGAGCAGUUCAUAGCACAGAAAGAGGGCAACACAGGCAUGUAGUACCACUCUGUACUGAAAAGAGGAGCUACUAGAAAACCAUUACAGGUGUUUCUAUACACAGAGAAAUAGACAAUUGAUUACUUGGAUCUGAGUCUUAGACAUUGUAUGAUUUAACAUAUGAUGGCCCAAGAGAAACCAUUGUAAGUUGAAAAUAUUGUAUCCUGAGACCAUUGUAUAUUCAGGGAUCACUGUAAAUUGUAUUAAAAAAAUUGAAUAUUAAGCAAUUUAGGUACACAAAAAUUGUAAAUUAUUAAAACAGGAUAUCAUACAUAACAUACAGAUUGUCAAAAUUUACAUCAGUCCCUGUCCCCAGCAAGGAUCUCAGGCCCAUACACACUACAGUAGCUCCAAUUUCAUAUGAAGCCAAUUGCCAGAUCUAUAUGUUUGGUGGGAGAAAACCAG